AUGAUUGUAUGUCAACAUUUGUGCCUCAACAGUAGUCUUAAAUUGUUUGUUGUUCCUUUGUUGCUGCUGGGCGUAAGCUGUUUAAGUACCGCCCAAAAUAUACCAAAUGGUUAUUAUGGUCCUGUCUCAAACUACUUGGUAGCCGAUACCAAGCAAGGCUAUACCUAUCCCACACCAGAUAUACCAUUCAAUGAAAUCACCACCAGUAAACCCAGUCCACCACCAAGCAAAUCUGGUUAUAUCUACCCAACUCCGGCCAAUAAACUGACAUUGCCCACAAAAUCACCAUAUAAUCCUCCAACAAAACCCGCCAAACAAGGCUAUACCUAUCCCACACCAGCUAUACCAUUCAAUGAAAUCACCACCAGAAAACCCAGUCCACCACCAAGCAAAUCAGGUUAUACCUAUCCCACACCAGCUAUACCAUUCAAUGAAAUCACCACCAGAAAACCCAGUCCACCACCAAGCAAAUCAGGUUAUACCUAUCCCACACCAGCCAAACCAUUCAAUGAAAUCACCACCAGAAAACCCAGUCCACCACCAAGCAAAUCAGGUUAUACCUAUCCCACACCAGCUAUACCAUUCAAUGAAAUCACCACCAGAAAACCCAGUCCACCACCAAGCAAAUCAGGUUAUACCUAUCCCACACCAGCUAUACCAUUCAAUGAAAUCACCACCAGAAAACCCAGUCCACCACCAAGCAAAUCAGGUUAUACCUAUCCCACACCAGCUAUACCAUUCAAUGAAAUCACCACCAGAAAACCCAGUCCACCACCAAGCAAAUCAGGUUAUACCUAUCCCACACCAGCUAUACCAUUCAAUGAAAUCACCACCAGAAAACCCAGUCCACCACCAAGCAAAUCAGGUUAUACCUAUCCCACACCAGCUAUACCAUUCAAUGAAAUCACCACCAGAAAACCCAGUCCACCACCAAGCAAAUCUGGUUAUAUCUACCCAACUCCCGCCAACAAAAUUAAAUUGCCCACAAAAUCACCAAAAUCCACCAAGCAAGGCUAUACCUAUCCCACACCAGCUAUACCAUUCAAUGAAAUCACCACCAGAAAACCCAGUCCACCACCAAGCAAAUCAGGUUAUACCUAUCCCACACCAGCUAUACCAUUCAAUGAAAUCACCACCAGAAAACCCAGUCCACCACCAAGCAAAUCAGGUUAUACCUAUCCCACACCAGCUAUACCAUUCAAUGAAAUCACCACCAGAAAACCCAGUCCACCACCAAGCAAAUCUGGUUAUAUCUACCCAACUCCCGCCAACAAAAUUAAAUUGCCCACAAAAUCGCCAAAAUCCACCAAGCAAGGCUAUACCUAUCCAACACCUGCUGUACCAUUCGAUGAAACCACCAAAAGUCCUCCCACAAAAGGUGGUUACUCGUAUCCCCGACCUGCCGUACCGUUCUAUUUCUAA